AUGCAAGAUAUCAGCGAGGGAGAUGCGAUUGUCGUCCAGUUGUUCAAAGUGUACAAUGCUAUUGGUGAAUACCGUACAACGCCACAUCCGUACAAAAUUGGCUUCUUUCAAACAACAUUUGUUGGAAAAGCUGAUGAUUUUCCAAGUGCAGUUCCCGAAAAUUAUUUCGCGGACUUCUCCGAUAUUCUUGGUGGAAAUCUUGAUCAUAGUUGUUUGGUUGAUGUGUUUGGCCAAAUAGUUAACUUUGGGUCUCUGGAAAACAAAAUAAUAAAAGGAAAGGAUAACAUGAGGCUCUUGAUUGAGUUGCGUGACCCAAAGUUCUGUUCUGUUAAAGAGUGGAAAGGUGCUUACUCUAUAUCUAGCGGGUAUAAUUCAACUCAUAUUUUGCUCAACCCAACACUUGAAAUUAUUGAGGAGUUCAAAGCAAGUCUCCCUAAUGAUUCACUUGCUCUUACCAACAACGAUAGUAGCCAAUGGUCUGUUGGUACUGCUAAAUCUAUUUGUGCCAGGUUUUUUGUUCUUAAUGAGAGGCUAACCAUAAGAGAGAUCAUUGGUAGUACCCUGGUUGGCACUUUUGUCACUCUGGGCACUAUUGAAACAAUUGAUACUGAACGUGGCUGGCAAUAUUUAAGUUGCAAAUACCACAACAAAAAAGUGAUGCCUACAACCAAUGUUGAUGCUGAUAACCGUUCUUUGUUCUUCUGCAAUACAUGUGAUAAAGAACACAAUGAUGUCAUUCCCACGUUCAAAUUAAUUGCACAUGUUAAGGACGAUAGCGGUGAGGCUAAUUUUCUUUUGUUUGAUGCUAAUGCUCAACAAAUUGUGCGUCAUUCUGCCGCUGAACUCUAUGACGAGAAUGAAGAUGAAAACUUCUUACCAGAAGCAGUUAACGAUCUCUUUGGUAAGAGAGUCCUUUUUGAGAUUUCAGUUGAUGCUGAUAACAUCAAAGGAAAGAGCUCUCAGUAUGUUGUUCGAUUGGCUACUGAUGACCGUGAAAUGGUUGAGGAAUUUGCUGAUUUGCCUCCUAAACCGGUCCUAAUGUUGGAGUCCGCAGAUGAUAUUUUCUCUGGUUCUGGUGGUUUUUCAGAAACUCCUUUGUCCAAAAGAAAAAUCAAACAAGAUGAAGACAAUUGCCUUGAGGAUCAACACUCUGUCAACAAGAAACUCGCUCAAAAGAAACUCAAGGGCGAGUGA